GGAUGAGUUACGUUCUUCCUAGCAAGCGGUACUGAACUUGCCGGCAGAAAAUACGCGUUUGUUGCCUUCGGAUUGUACGACGAUCUUGCCACAAAUGCGACUAACUCCAUCCUGUUAAUAAAGAAAAACCAGAGAAUGCCGUCAUUCUCGGGCUGGAUAAGCUUCGAUAGCCAAACACGUCCGAUGGUCUCAACGUCUAACUGGUAGUUUAUGUUUCUCUAUGGAAGCUCCUUGCCUUCUCACUGCUACUGCUGUCGCAGUUCCAUUUGUGCGAAGACACAAGUCCACCGCUAUAAAAGCAGUGUAGAGCUCGAACCAUGGAGACUGUACCGCACGAAUAAACUGGUCCUUUCACACAAUGUCCCAAGCCGAGCCGACCAAGGAUGUGCGGCUGGAAAGAACAAGGUUAGCUGGAAUGAUUCUUGGGGCUGUUUCGUACGGAUGCUACGCCAUUCUAACCAUUCAAACAAGCAGUGCACUCCUCCGAAAUAAACGCUAUGCUGAAAACACUCACAUGAGGAAGGUUUUUCUUUUUUAUAUCGCGGUUACAUUCGUCCUCGCAACUAUCGGCUUCUCUGGGAACGUGAAGUACACGGAGAUGAUAUGGAUUGAUUUACGCGAUUCUCCUGGAGGAACGACAUCGUUGAUUAAUCUUGAGAUGGACUAUUGGAUUAACAGAAUGGCACUCGCCAGCUACUAUGUCAUGGAAUGGUUCAUGGAAAUACUCUUGUUGCAUCGUUGCUUCGUGAUCUGGGGCUGGAACGUGUACAUAUUGUUAUUAAUGACUACGCUCUUCCUGGCAUCCGUCGCAAUGGCCAUCCUUGUUUUGACCGAAUCCGAAGGAGCCGUAUUUUAUAAUAUUUCCGUGCAACUCGCCUACCUCUGCAUAGCGGUAGGAAUGAACAUCAUCUAUACGAUUCUUGUCGUAGGCCGCCUCAUCUACAUUCGGAACAACGUGCGAGAUGUAAUUGGAGCAGAUCAUGCUAGGCUGUACGUUUCACUCGCAGCGAUGUUCGUUGAAUCCGCAGCAAUGUAUUCCACGGUGGGCGUGAUAUACAUUGUGGCCUUCUCCGCACAUUCCGAUGUGUCGAAUCUCGUAUUUCUGUCUAUCAGUCAUGUGCAGGGAAUCGCACAACUUCUAAUAAUUUUGCGUGUUGCUCGUAAUCGCGCCUUUCCAAGCAGCAUCGCCAGUAAUCCUUCGAGACCGACAUCCAUUGCUUUUGCUUCACGGUCCUUAUAUCCAACUGCCCUCACUGGUCUCCAGGCACUGCCAGUUUCAUCAGAUGAGCAGGCAACAUCAACAACACAAGAAGUAUGACGAAUGUAGAACUUCUCGCCAGUGGUCUUUCAGGAGCAGACUCGGAGCC